UUACAAGUUACAAACCGGAUUCACUGUAUUCCUGGAUAUUAUCAUAAACAUGUAAUCUUUUAUAUUUGUAUAUAAAGAUGAUCGCAGAACAUAACUAAAUAAUUAACGGUACGGUCUUAGUUCUCUCUAUAUAUCUCGUAGUCUCGUCAAAGAGUUGAACAGAGAGGCAGAGAGAGAAUGGAGGAGACGCGGAAGAAAGAAGACGAGAGGGGAAGAGAUACGGCGGCGGUGAAGGGAAUGCAAACGCAGAUGACAAUCCCCCGGGAAGACGUUAACGAGGAGGAGUACACUCCUGAAGAAAUCAUGCAGCUCGUUGACUCUUCUUCUUCACCGACGACGAUGAACGUCGACGGAACUAACUUUUCCGGUGAGGAGAAUUUCCGAGUGAGGUUUAUCGACGAUCCUUACGCGGUUCCGGUGGUUGUUCAGUCAUCUACGGGUUACAUCACGAUCAACGUCAACGAGGAGAGCUGUGGUCCUUCGUUUUCAGACAGCAACGCUUCCGCCAUGGCAAGCGUCGACGCAACCGGUCUGUUCGGUUGCUGCCUUGGUUUGAACGGAGCGUGGAGUACAGACGAGAUGAGAGCGAGUGAGAGUGGGUGUGAGUGCGAGUGGGACGACGAAUUGCUGGCGAGGUUUAUUGGCGAAGACAGUGUUUUGACCAAUGUGUCGUCUUGCGGACAAAGCUAAAAUGUUUUGGGGGUAUUUUGGUCAAUUUAAGGACUGUCAUUAAGUGAAAAUUGAUUUACAAGUUGUUGAUAGGAAGGACGCAAGAAAAUGGAAAAUAGUUAGGGGUUAAUGGUAGUAAGACUAGUCUAGUUAGCUGACAAAAACAAAAAACAAAAACUAGUCUAGUUAGCAUCUACAUAGUCUAUAAUGUGACCAUUUUGGUAAAUUAUGUCACGGUAUUUUGCCUUGUUCAGAAACUCGCUAAGCGCUACGCGUGCGGUAACCCAAAGGCUAGUGAGUUAUCCAAAAAUCGGAUAUAAGUCGGGGAGUACUCGGGGAUUUUUUUUUCUGAUUUUUUAACCAUAGAUACAUAUAUAUAUUAAAUAUGUUGGAUUAUAACGAAAGUAGAGCGUGUCCUAAUGGUCAUUAUUUUUUCGAUUUUCUUUAAUAAGUGUUAGAAUUACGAUUUUACUCUCUUUCUCUUUAAUCUGUGGUGAGUCUCUGCAACACUUUCAUGGAGUUUUCAAGUUUUUUUUUCUCGGUUUUCACCAUUCUUUCUUCGUUUU